CCGCAGGGCAAAAGAAAAGUAAAAAGAAAAAAGAAAGCCUGAAGCGGAACCGGGCAGUAGGAGAAGCGGGGACCUGGAUCGGGUUCGGGGAGGGAACGGGCGGACGGACGGACGGCUGGGGUUCCGGCUCCGGCAGUCCUGCUCGGAGCUUGCUUGGAGGCGAAGGCCGGCAACGAGAGCGAGGAGACGAGACGAGACCGACCCCGGCGUCCCGAGCAAGGCUUGCAGGUCGAGGCCACCAACCACGGCCGGGGCCGGCCACGCGCGCACCUGUCGCAACCACCCACCUCACCCAACGCGCGCGUCGACCGGGAGGGCCAGGGGACGCCGCACCGGCACGGCGGCACCCCGCGUCGUCGAUCUGCUCUGCUCCUUCUCACGGCGCCACGCCGCCACCGGACCCGGUUGGACGGCAAUACAACGCCAUCAGUGUCAGUGAUCAGUCAGUCCAUCGGAGUUCUUUUCAGCGUCCAGUUGUACAGUGCGGGCGCCGCAGUACAGUACAGCUACAGCACCCCACACCCGGUCCAUUGCAUUGCAUUUCAUCGCGAGGAGGCGCCCCGAACUGUGGAUGGCUAGCUUGCUUCGCUAGCUAGCUUCCCCAGUAUAAAUAUUCUGGUGCGGGCAGCUCCGGUCUGCCCCUUAGUUGUAUCCUCUCCUCCUCCUUGGACCUCCCAUCUUCCUUCCUCUUCGUUCGUUUCUCCAACCGAAGCUUACCGGCAUUCGCUCCUGGUUUUCCGGCCAAGAACCGAUUUUUUUCCGGUUCCGGCGUAGCAGCAGGCAGCUAGCUUGCCACCAGCUGAUUCAUUGCCUCUACUAGUGUUUUUCCUGAGCUCGGUGGGGUGAUCGGUCGAUCGGCCGCCGCUCGAGACACGUACGUACGUACGUACCCGAUCGAGGGUCGCUCCAAGAUGAUGAUGAGCGGGAACCGGAAGCAGAGGGUGGCAUUGUCGCCGGUGAAGGAGGCCGCCGCGGUGCCCAAGGAGGAGGUGUGGGAGGUCCGGCCCGGCGGGAUGCUGGUGCAGAAGCGGAGCCCCGACGCGGACCCGCCGCCUGUGCCCACCAUCCGCGUCAAGGUCAAGUUCAACGGCGUCUACCACGAGAUCUACAUCAAUUCCCAGGCAUCCUUCGGCGAGCUGAAGAAGCUGGUGUCGGAGAAGACGGGCCUGCACCCGGACGACCAGAAGGUGGUGUACAAGGACAAGGAGAGGGACUCCAAGGCGUUCCUGGACAUGGCCGGCGUCAAGGACCGGUCCAAGAUGGUGAUGCUGGAGGACCCCGCCGCCAAGGCCAAGCGCCUCCUGGAGGAGCGCCGGACCAGCAAGGCCGAGCGCGCCGCCAAGGCCAUCGCCCGCGUCGCCCUCGACGUCGACAAGCUCGCCACCAAGGUGCGUGUUCAUCCGUCCGUCGUCGCCACCAGAUCGACCAGCAGGCCGCGUUGGCUGAUGGGUCGGUUGGUCACUCUGUCUGGUCUGUCUCUCGAUCGGCAGGUGUCGGCGCUGGAGACGGUCGCGAGCAAGGGCGGCAAGGUCGUGGACGCGGACGUGGCGACGCUGACGGAGGCGCUGAUGCGCGAGCUGGUGGAGCUGGACUCCAUCGCCGCCGACGGGGACGCCAAGGCGCAGCGGCGGGCGCAGGAGAGGCGUGUGCAGAGGCACGUGGAGACGCUGGACGCCAUCCGCGCCAAGAACAAGGCGGCGGCGCCCAGCAGCAACAGGACACGGCGGCCAGCGCACCUCCCGCCGCGCCCGCAGAACCAGCAGCGGCGGCAGUUCCAGCCGCCGGCGCCCACCACGGCGACGGCGCCGGCGCCGCAGACCCAGACGGCGGCGAGCUGGGACUCGUUCGACCUCCUGUCGUCGGUGCCGCCGUCGACGUCGGCGGCGGCCCCAGUGACGAGCACCACCACGCCGUCCCCGCGGUUGGAGUGGGAGCUCUUCUAGAGGGCUCCAGGCGCCAGCCUGCCUGUCUGGGCCGUGGGCCCCUGGCCCCCUCUCCUCCCGCCACAUGUGUGCUUGUCCAUCGGCUCGGCUCGGCUGGGCCGGUACCUUGGCCAUGGUGUGCAUGUUUGUCAAUCGCCAUUCUUUGCUUUCCCGUCCCUUUUGUUCUUUCGUUCUUUCUUUUUUUUCCUCAUGUCCUUUUUAUUAAGUAUAUUGUGCAUGAUCUCCAUGCAUCCACUAAAAAAGGGGCAACAACUGCAGUAGCUAGCUAGUAGUAGUGAACACAACAGAAGCGUGCGUCCAUGGUGUCUGUCGUCGUCUGCAAAUAAGUGGUGUGGCCUUGUUGCAACCGUACCGAUGAUGAUGAAGGAUUUUUUUUUUUGGCCAUGACCGUCCGUCCAUAAUACGUGUAUGUAUAGUAGUUGCAGAAAGUCGAUCAGUCAGUGUAUAUAUAGUGUACAUGAAUCAAACAAACAAAGCUCUCAACA